AUGACCAACAGCAACGCAACGGUGAGCCAAAAUGCUUACAAAUCUCCGCUCAUCUCCCCGAGACCUCCAACAACAUCAUCAUCAUCAGCAUCUCCAUCAUCCCUAUCAUCCUUCUACGAUCCAGAUUGUCCUGCUUGCUUCUCCAGGACUGGCAUGACCUGCCAUCAACCCGUCUUUUACAAGUCCGAUGCUAAACUACCCAACUGCACCUGCUCCUUCUGCCACACCUUCUGUCCCGAUAGGGCUUUUAUGGAAUUGAAGAAAAGUUUCUCAGGUAGCAAGGUCUGGAACAAAUUUUCAAACAAGAGAUUGACAAAACUAAUAACAUUCUCAUUGAACACAAGCUCGAUCAACCCUUGUCUGUUGAACUGCAUGCAACUCAACUGCGAUUCAGUCAACUACAACAAAAAGUCAAGCAGCUGCGAACUGUUCCAGCACCCAUUUGGUUACUACACUGGGAAGGUGACGAGUAUUUUUGUUGGCUGGGAUUAUUGGCAGUUGUUCUACGAAUGA